UUCUUCCAGUUUAAGUCCUUAUGGAUUCUGUAGCUGAUGCUCGACUUCAUGUUCUUUUCUUCCCAUUAAUGGCUCAGGGCCAUCUGAUCCCAAUUAUAGAUACUGCCAGACUAUUUGCCAUGCGCGGAGUGAAGGUCACCAUCCUCACCACUCCCCUCAACAGACCCCACAUCUCCCCGAUUGUUCAACGGGAUAGAAAUUUUGGUGUCGAGAUCGGAAUUCAACAAAUCCGAUUCCCCUCCGUCGAAGUCGGCUUACCGGAAAACUGUGAGAACGCCAGUUCUAUCAGUGAUCCUGAAAUGUUACUGAAAUUCCUCAAAGCUAUAAACAUGCUUCAACAACCAUUCGAGGAAAUCCUUCAAGAACAACGCCCCGAUUGCGUCGUUGCAGACAUGUUCUUCCCUUGGGCAACUGAUGUUGCAGGCAAGUUUGGAAUACCAAGGAUUGUCUUCCAUGGAUCAAGUUUCUUCUCUCUGUGUGUACAAGAUAGCUUGAGUCGCUAUAAACCUCAUGCCAAUAUUGCUUCUGAUUUGGAGGCGUUUGUGGUGCCUUGCAUCCCUGACCAGAUAGAGAUGACAAGCUCACAGCUUCCGGAUGACCUUCAAGAUCCAAACAAUAUCGGUGAAUUCCAUAAAAGUAUUUGGAAUUCAGAUGAAAGGUGUUAUGGAACUCUGAUGAACAGCUUCUAUGAGUUGGAGCCAGCUUAUGCAGAGCACUACAGGAAGGCCAUGGGAAGGAAGGCAUGGCACAUAGGUCCAGUUUCUUUCAGCAAUAUGGAUUUUACAGAGAAGGCACAAAAAAGGGGAAACAGAGCUGCCAUAGAUGAACACGAGUGCUUGCGUUGGCUAGACUCUAAGGAACCUAAUUCGGUUCUCUUUGUGUGUUUUGGGAGCAUGCCUCGCUUCAAUUCAACUCAGCUACGUGAGAUUGCUAUGGGUCUUGAAGACUCAGGUCAUCCAUUCAUCUGGGCAGUACUGAGAAAGGCUGAGGAGGAACCAUGGUUACCAGAUGGGUUCGAGGAGAGAAUGGAAGGAAAGGGUUUGUUAGUAAGGGGUUGGGCUCCACAGGUGUUGAUCCUUGAGCAUCCAUCUGUUGGAGGUUUUGUGACUCACUGUGGAUGGAACUCAACCUUUGAGAGUAUAAGUGCAGGUGUGCCAAUGAUCACUUGGCCACUCUUUGCAGAGCAAUUCAUCAAUGAGAAGCUGGUGACAAUGGUGCUGAAGAUAGGAAUUGCAGUAGGGAUUAAGACAUGGAGUUUAUUUUCUGAAGGAAAAGAAUUGGUGAAAAGAGAUGCAAUAACGAAGGCUGUUACUAGUUUGAUGGACAGUGGAGAAGAAGCAGAGCAGAUGAGAAGUAAGGUAGGAGAGCUAAAAGAGUCGGCAAGAAGAGCUGUUGAAAAGGGCGGGUCGUCAUAUGCAGAUUUGACGGCUUUGAUCGAGGAUCUGAGGUUGCAUAAACGAUCUGCAGUAUAG